GAGAGUGAAAUGGGGAGGAAGGGUGGUCAGAAGGUGGUGAUUUUUUGCAUAUUUGCAGCAUUGUUGGUGGUGGCGGUGAUGGCCACAAUGGAGGAUGACGAGAAGGACUGCGCAGACCAACUGGCAAACCUCGCAGCCUGCAUUCCGUUCGUGAGCGGCGGUGCCAAGAAGCCGACCCCGGAGUGUUGUGAGGACACACAGAAAGUGAAGUCUGUUAAGCCCAAGUGCUUGUGUGUGCUCAUCAAAGAGAGCACUGACCCCUCCAUGGGCCUCCCUAUCAACACCACUUUGGCCCUUCAAAUGCCAGCAGCUUGCAACAUUGAUGCCAAAAUCUCUGAUUGCCCAACUAUACUGAAACUCCCACCAGAUUCACCAGACGCAAAGAUCUUCAAAGUGGCAGAUGGAGGAGGUUCAGGAGCCACAAACUCAACAACAGGUUCAAGUUCAACACCAGCUAAUUCUGAAACUACUUCAUCAAAAUCUCCAUCUUCUUCUUCCGAAACUGGUUCAAGUUCAGACUCAAAAAGGAGUACAAGCAGCACCUGUCGAGCACUGUUGGACCCAAGCUUAUUAGUGAAAAUGGGUUUGGCUUCAAUUGCUGUACUGAUGUUAAUUUGA